UCGUGUUCGAUCUUUUUUUUUGAUUUUGGGAUUGUUUUGUGUUUUUGUUGUUGUGUGUUUCCGCUCCAGAUUUGAAAUAGAAGGUUGUGAAAAAUGGAUCCAGAUGCAGUCAAGUCGACGCUCUCGAAUCUGGCGUUCGGAAACGUAUUGGCGGCAGCUGCUAGAGAUUAUAAAAAGGAAGUUCUUGCAAAUGAGAAGGCGCAAUCAUCGAAGCAUGCCAAUGAGGAGGUUGAUCUUGAUGAACUUAUGGAUGAUCCAGAGCUAGAAAAACUGCACGCUGAUAGGAUUGCUGCACUCAAGAGAGAAGUUGAGAAGAGGGAAGCGUUCAAAAGACAAGGACAUGGCGAAUAUAGAGAGGUAAAUGAAGGAGAUUUCCUGGGAGAAGUUACUAGGAGUCAGAAAGUGAUCUGUCAUUUCUACCACAAGGAGUUUUACCGCUGCAAGAUUAUGGACAAGCAUCUGAAGACUCUUGCGCCUAGACAUGUGGACACUAAGUUCAUUAAAGUUGACGCAGAGAAUGCUCCUUUCUUUGUCACCAAGCUUUCAAUUAAGACCUUGCCUUGCGUUUUGCUUGUCAGCAAGGGAAUCGCUAUAGAUAGGUUAGUUGGGUUCCAGGAUUUGGGCACAAAGGACGAUUUCACCACGACUAAACUGGAGAACGUUCUGAUUAAGAAAGGAAUGCUCAGCAAGAAGAAGAAAGAGGAAGAUGAUGAAGAUGCCGAGUACCAAGAGAGCAUAAGGAGGUCCGUUAGGUCUUCACAGAAUCUGGACUCCGACUCUGACUGAUCAAGCAAGCUGACUUCACAGAUUCACAGAUUCACAGAUAUUACCUUUCUGCUUGUCUCUUGCUCUUUUGUUCUAUGUUAUUAGAAAGUGAAAGUUCGAUAUAAUAUCCAAACGGUAAAAUGCUACACGACAUUGUAUGAUGAUGCUAUAUGUAAUACACACCAAUUUUAUUGUU